UAGGUCAGAGGAAAACUCGUCUUUUCUCUCCUUCGUUUUUUCAGGAACCAUACAGCAAAUUAACCCUAAUCAUAAUGUUUGUUGAUCGGAGAAACCGAGAUAAUGAUAGUUAUCUCAUCAUUUUUCCAACUUUCAGAGAAAUAAGACAAAAUUGGCUUCGUGGACUCCGAGCUCGAUGAAGACGUGUUUGGUUUAUUCACCUUUAUUAACUGUCACUGCUUUAAUGGCAAAGUUUCAGCUUUUGAUUAACUCCAACGACAUUGAGUAUUGCUUUUACCAUUCGAAAUCAAGAUUUCGGUUAUUGGAUUAUGGAAGAAUUCAGACCUCCAUCACCGCCUUCAAAGAGGAUGCAGCCGCAAAUGCUUGACUCCGAAGGUCCAUAUCGGCUGCUUUAUUGUUCAAGUAAGGGAGAUAGAGCAGGGGUGUUACAGGAGUUAGAGAAAGGGGUUGAACCCAAUCUAGCCGACUAUGACAAGAGAACAGCUCUUCAUUUAGCAUCAAGUGAAGGACGGGCUGAAAUUGUUCUUUUACUUCUUGAGACAGGAGCAGAUGUCAACUCUUUAGAUCGCUGGGGUCGCACUCCACUGUCAGAUGCCCACAGCUUUGGUCACGAGGUGAUUUGCAAGAUACUGGAAGCUAAAGGUGGAAUAGAUCCGGUGGGGCUUGACUCCCAGACUCCUUGCUAUGAAAUUCAUCACACUGAAGUGGACAUGGAUGAAGCGAUACUUAUUGGACAAGUAAUUUCUUAUUUUAAUUUCUAUCGCAGAUAUCAAGGAGCAUAUGGUGAAGUUUAUCUAGUCAAGUGGCGUGGCACAGAAGUUGCUGCAAAAACUAUUCGGUCUUCCAUUGCAUCAAACUCAAGGGUGAGGUGAGUUUCAUUUUUAUAAUAAUUUAACGAAUUCCUUUACUUCCUCUACUUCUCACUCUCUCCUUGUCUCUUUCUAACUUUCUUUUCUGUGUAAUACAUGCCGCUUUUUUUGUUUUUUUCUAUUAAACCUUCUCAGCUGCUCUUCUGAUUAAAAUCCAGCUGGUGGA